GUAUCCUGGGCGGCGGCAGUAAAGGCGGGAAAGACGACAGCCUCAUCAAGACGCUGCUCCUGCUCCGCCUCCUCACCGGCAACCAGCAGACGACGACCACCACCACGCUGACAGCGGCGAACGUCGCCUUCCAAAACGGUCAGUUCGUGAGCGUGGCGACCGGAGCCCUGGUCACGUUCACAGACCCGGUGACUGGACUUGCUGUCCCGGCGACUCAACUGGCGAUCGAUCCGAUAUCAGGUACGUCCACCGUCAACUGUAGAAGAUUCGUCCAGCUGACCUGCUUGUUUCAGCAACCCAUUUUUCGACGCAUCCAGUAUUGGAUACGGGACGUCUGAUGGAACAAAAAUUUUGAUGUGUUUAGCUAUAUACGUGGUACACAAUAAUCGCGGACCUUCUCAUCGUUGCAUGGAGAUCUUGUGCUAGUUAAUAUUUAUACAUGCGAACCUAACUUUGGUUGAUGAGAGCAAAUUGGGACAAAAUGUUGGCUGAUGAGUGUUCCUAUUGUUUACAGAUGAGAAUAAAAAGGGGCCGUAUGACCUUUGAUGAGAACAGAUAAGGACCUUUUAUUCGUUGAUGAGUAGGCAUAAGGGCGUUCAGGGCCCGAAUGUUGAUUGUUUUGAGGUUGUGAUUAUUUAAUAUCUGUUGAUGAUUAUAUCAUGAUGUUCAUUGUCUGAAAGAUAUUGAAAUGAAUAUAUUAGAACUACGGGUGAUCGAUUAGUUAGCUCUGUAGCUCAUGUAAGAGUUAGUCCCAUUGGCGUAGCUAAGGUUAGGGGCAUUCGGGGAGGACGUACAUGUUUUCUGCCCCUUUCUACGAAAAAAAACAUCUGAAUUGUAGAAAAAAAAUGCCGCCCUUUAAUAUUUAAAGAAAAAUGUCCGGCCUGGGACAACACCACACCCCCCUCUCACAAUUCUUCUACAUCACCGGUUGGUUCUAGAUAUAUGAACAUUGACCUGUUCAUUUUCGUCCACAGGGGCUGUCUUUGACACAACCACCAAUCGUAUUGUUAUUUUCACCGAUCCAACGACGGGCGCACAAGCCCAGGCCUUCGCGGCCCCCGUAGGUACCGCAGUCCCCGGAGUCUUGGGUGAGUUGAUGGCAUUUGUUCUUCUCAUUUCGUAUAUACCCUUGGUGCACUAGCGUUUACAUGUGAGACGUUGUCAGCUUGAGAGUGUCGAAUAAUUACAAACAGGUGAUGACGAGGCCAUGACAAGCAGCUCCGGCUCAUGACGGCGAGACCACAGUAUGGGAACUGCUCAUUCCUGCCGAAGACUAUCAAAGACUGGAAAAAGCUUCCAAAAAGAACAGCUGAGGUGACAGCACUUGACAUAUUUGUGGUCUACUGCUUCAGGGCUUUCAAACCCAACGUCCUGAUACCCUCGUUGGGUAGCCCUUGCGACCAGGGAAAUAUCCUCUUAAAUUCCAGGCACAGAACCGUUGCAAAUCCUUCUAGGUACAUAGGAGCCAGAAUGAUCAAUUCAUUGAUCGUGGGCCCUUAAUCUAUAGAAGAAGAUGACGACAAACUGUCUGACGGAGCGGACAGACAGUGCAGACAGACAGAUCGUAUGGUGUUAAUAAAUGCCACAUAAAUACUCUAUAUUUUUUCAUUAUGUCUAAAUACAUUUCUCUCCCGGGGCUUUCCGAUUUCUUCUGAUCAUUCCUUUCUUUCAAUUUUCGUUUAACACUCUCCUUUAUCAUCAGGCAACACCAUACCUACCAUUAUCGGACGUGGUCUUGCGAGAAAUCCAUUGAGGGGGUUAUUCAACCUGAACAACAACAACAACAACCGCCUGAACAACAGGUUGAUCUCAGUCUUGCCCCAACCAACAUCGGCACCAACUCUUGGUAACUUUCGAUUUAUGUGGAUAGCUUCCCUUUCGUGUUUGUGUUGAAAUUUUGAUACAGUUCCACAAUCAUUCCCUAUUUCUUAACUUCUCUCUCUCUAUCUCUAUCUCUCUCUCUAUUUUUCUAUCAGCCACACUAACUCUCCCACUUUGUCACUCUCUCUCUCUCACUCUCUCUCUCUUCCAAUCUCUCUCUCACACUCCAUCUUUUUUACACUCCGACACUUCUGCCCUAUUUCUUAAGCUUUCUUUUCCUUGCCCAUGGCAAGGUGACAUUUGUUAAAGAACUGAAAUGCUACUGGCUGACGACAAUGUAUUAACCUCUUUCCUCCAUCCCCAGCAGGUGGCACCGGUAGGGAGGCCAUCAACCUCAUCUUCUUGUCCCCUUCCUCCCUCCCCCUCCCCCUUCAGCCCGGUGACGGGAGCGCCACGUCAGUGCGGGGAUCACUCAGGGAAAUCCUCGGAGACGAUCUGACCAGGUUCAUCAACACCGCCCAGCUCGUGUCAGGUCAAGGUCUCCCCAACGCCCCGGCCGGGGGCCAAAAAUGUACGUAACUUUGGGGAUAACGCCCGGACAUUCCUGCCAUGUUUUCGUGGGCGCGUAAUUAAUUAUUCAAAAGUUGUGACGCGAAAUCAGAUUGGAUUAAAUAGGAUUAAAUGGGAUUAGGAUACAAAUAUCUGGAGGAAAAAAAACCGAGGUUGUAAUGUAUGGCCAGGUUUUUAUGCCAUCUUAAAAAAAAAAAGCUCUACUAGGGAAGAGGAUAUAUUUUAGUCUAGAAGCAGUAUCUAAAAAUAUGAAAUGGUUGUAUACAGUGACGUCAUCCAAACUGCUUGACACUGUCUGGGAUGUGGCGGGAAGAAAAGUUGGGGGGGAAAAAAAGGGGGGGGGGGGGGGGCUCAUUGUUGGGAGGACACAUUGGGAUGAUAAGGAUUCUUCUUCUUUUUGUCCUUCUAAGUGUUCAAUUUUAAAAAAAAAAACUAAAAUUAUAUUUAUUUAUUUUUAUUUAAUUCUGUUUUGCUAUUUUUAAAAAAAUUAUAUACUAAUCUUAAUCUCACUAAAUAGUUUAUGAAAGUUUGAAAUAUUCAUUGUAGCAGGCAACAUAAGUAGUUAAGACUGGUCCAGUGCGUACACGUUGAUAUUAACAUGACAUAAGUGACAAUUCUUCACAAAUUCAUUUCCUGCAAUCAGCACAGUCGGAAAAAGAACAUUUUUACCAGGGUAAACCCAACGAACAACCCCCCCCACCCCACCCCACCCCCCACUUCCAAGAAGGAAAAAAAAAGCAUCAGUAAUUUUUUUUAAAAUUUAUUUAAAAUGUGUGGUUUUUAAUGGUUCGCUUUAGUAUUUAUAAUUUAUGUUAACAGUCAAGAUGUAAAAUAUGAUCAGAUUCCCCGACCAUAAUAUCCCCACCCACCUCCGCAAACUGCCUAAUGUAAACCACAAUAACUUUACACAUUUAACCAAUCAGAUUCUUGGAUGAUGUUUCAUCCCUCACUUUGUCCUCAGCGUGCACGGUCAUCCGUAGCGGCGAGUCCGUCCCCUUCCGGGUCAGCCCUCGAGGGGGUCGCAGGCUGACGUCAGAGGAAUGUGACGCCAUGGGCAAACUCCUGGACAAAUUCAUUCCCACCUUCCUCCAGAACUUCGUCCCGAGCGACGCGGCGUUCGCCGGCUUCGGCAGCAACAACAGCAACAAUAACAUCAACAGCAACCGAAUUAACAACAACAACAACAAUAUCAUCCCAUUACAGCCCACGGCCGCCGGCACCAACGCUAACGGCAUCUUCGGCGGCACGCUGGCCACCCACACCAACACCAACCCGAUCACAAACACCAACCGGCCGAGUACAAACCCAAACAGCCUGAACCAGUUCAUCAACGUCAGGAACGACCACGAGGGCUGCACCAUAGCCGUGCCCAACAUCGUACCGCAAUGUUAGCUGUCGUCGUCGUCGUCGAUGUACGUGCAGGGCUUAGCGGAGGACGUCAAGAUUGUACCGACGUGUUGAAUGAUAUCAAGAUUCCUACCCACAGGCUGUUUUAAUAGUAUACUGAUGGUCAGUAUUAGAACCCCCCCCCCUCCCCUUUUCCCCUUUAAACGGCAGGCCACUCUGUCCAAAGUUCAAUUUGAAGAACAGUUGUGCCGGACGCUUGAAAGGUCGCUGAUUGGUCGUUGUUUAGAUUCGUGAGACUUGGUAACGUGAUGACUCCGUUACUUGGUCACGUGAUGACCCUGUUACUUGGUCACGUGAUGACCCUGUUACUGGGUCUCGUGAUGAACGUGUUACUUGGUCACGUGAUGACACUGUUACUUGGUGACGUAAGUUCGGCUACAUCAGCCGGCAAAUUAUAUCUUGAGAGAGAAGAAGAGGGGGGGGGGGGGGCAAAGAUACGCGGAUCAUUUAAUAUAUCAUACGGUUUUACUUGGUCACGUGAUGACACUGUUACUUGGUGACGUAAGUUCGGCUACAUCAGCCGGCAAAUUAUAUCUUGAGAGAGAAGAAGAGGGGGGGGGGGGGGCAAAGAUACGCGUAUCAUUUAAUAUAUCAUACGGUUGUGGAGUACAUCUUGUGGGGUGAAUUUAAAACAGUGGUGCAGGUGGUAGUACGAUACUGUUCAACACUUAAUGGUAAACCUGUCUUGCUUCUCAAUGGGUUAAGGUGUUGUGUAUUAAUUUUUUUUUUCUUCUGAAUAUGUUGAUUUUGUAAAUAUUGCUUAAAAUUUUAAGAACUUGGUCUCUUCAUGUCCCCCACCAACUCAGUCAAAAUGUCAUGUUUAUAUUAUUCGAAUUGGUGUGCCAUUUUCACUAUUAUAUUAUAACACUUCUAUUUUUGAUGGAUUAUUUAUAUACGAUUUUUCUUUUUUUAACUUUCGAGACAUUUUUUAAUAUUGUUGCUUUUGAUAUUCAUGCUCGUACUUUUUACGACGACUUUGACCCCUCUGAUUUUGACCCCACUGAUUUUGACCCCACUGAAGUCGUAGCUGGUACAGAAUUAGCCGUGUGACGUGUCAUGACAUGCGAUCUAAUCUUUGAGAACAUUAAAAACAUUAAUUUAAAAAAAAAAUAAUACUUAACGGGGUUUUCCGUUCCAGAAAGUGCUGCUAUUUAUAGAACAUUACCAUGUACACUGUAAAUAUGAUUUAAUCAUAGCCCAACGUGAAGCAAUCAUAAUCCUGGUUAUGUACACAACAUAAGAAGCGUAUGUUUGAUGUAUGUAAGAUUUUUUUUGAAAUACUUAUAUUAUGAUAUAUAUUGUUUUUUUAAUGCUUUUUUUUUUUGCUUUAAUUCAAUUUUUGUGUAUAUAUUUUUUACUUUUAUUUUUUUCUCCACCCUACGGUGAAUGCUACUAAAAGAUGUCUGCAAAAUUUGACAAAUUUAGAUCAGCAAAACAUUUUUUCAGGACAUGAUAUUAUAAUUAUUUGUUUUAAAUAACCUCUUGCUGGAUUAUUCCAAAUGGUACGUUGGACAAAGAGAUUUGCUAGAUAUAAAACAAUGUAUGUCUUCUACAGAGCCUUGAAAAACGUUCAAAUUAAUAUAUCGAUUAAGAAAUCAGAUUGACAUCAAUUCACUUCCAUGGGCGUGUCUGAAAGUGCGCCCCCCUCUCCCACCACGGGGUCGUCUCCUGUGCAUGUGUAAAAGCUUUGGGUGUUUCGUAUGAAUGAACCAUGUCAAGUUUUGUGAUUGGACAUGACGGUUGUGUGGAACAGGACAUUAGCCUUGCGAUACGAUGCUUGUGAAAACUGUGGCCUAGUUCUAUGAUCAAAUUAAUAAAAUAUUUAUAUUAAA